AUGGCGUACCGUCUUGCCCCUUACAAUGAUUCUAUGGAAAUAGGUCAAGGUUUUGAGUCUUUCACACAGGAAAUACGAGCCAGGGAGCCUCUCGUAGCCCCUGCUAUCCCAGUCAGCUCUGGUCUUCUUUUGGACAAGGCUCCGAGCGACGGAGAAAGUGAGGUUUCCUCUACCAUCACGGACUGCAAGGUUUCUACGCCUACAUCAUCACAAUGGGAGCAUGUAGAUGAACCAACCGAGCAGAACCAGGGGCACGGAUAUCCUCAGAGCCAUGAAAGCAGUGAGCCAACGGUUACAUAUGUAGCACGUUCUGUGAGCAAUGCAAGUGAUGUGACGAGCCUCAUGGGCCUCACGGGAGGAGCGGCCGUUUUAGGAUACGCUCAGUCAGCCACAACGCACGGCAGAUUGUUUGACUUCGAACAGUACUUUGAUGCAGACAUCAACUACUACAUCAGCAUCAGAGUUGUGACGGACCAUCUCAGCCCUUUGACGACCUUCUCCACCAAGAAACCAAUGACACAUGAGCUCAAUCAACGAGACAGAUACGGAGAUACAUUCAUCUCAGGCUUCCUUGAAGGAGGUCAGUUGGAUGCUCUUGUCAGCUUCAAGCUUCACUACAAGCACAAUUAUGGAAAAGUUCUCGUGAAUCCAAUCUUCGCGGUCUUGUCGACGUACGAUUCAAUCCCAACUGUGGAUGGCCCAGCUUCUCCAAGCAUUCCCUUGACGAGCUACAAUCAAGCCUUCCUUCAUUUGAACACCCUAUUCGAUGCAUACAUGGAGUUCCACAACAUCAAACAAGCGCUCUCAGCGCAGAUUUGGGGGAUAAGAGCUGGCACCAUCACUUUCGAGCCGACGUUCGUUAGAGAGUCUGAAAACGAACACUAUUUUGAGGCUACUUCAAGCGGGUUGGCAAGAGCAAAGCGCAAAUGCAUGAGCAAGAUGGUCGAUAUCAUAAGAGAAGUUGAGAGUAUGAGCAUGUGCUCUACGCAGACUGUCAAAGAGGACUUUGUCGAAACAUUUUACGAGAAAGCGAUAGAGUUCAGGGAACGCCUCCCACGAAUGCGCAGCAUAACUUCCAGCAAGAAUGACAACACCCACGAGCCACUCUUCGUCGGUAGUGAGUCCUCACUGCUGCCAGUGGAGAAGCAGAAGGUUCGCGAUCUGGUCGCAGAGCAUCCAAACAUUGGGGCUCAUAUUCGUCUCUCUCCUCCUUGUGGUGAAGGAUCCCGUGGUAGUACCUUUUGUAGCCUUGACUUCCUCAGGCCGGACUGGAUAGUCGCCAAGGUGGUUGUCCAGGUCUCAUGUGGAGCCAUCGCAACCAUCGCAAUCCAUUAUGCAAACGGCCUAUCUACUGUAUUUGGACCACGCAGACAAGGCGGAAAGCUGUUUGAGCUUGAACUGGACACCGCGCAGAAGGAGAAAAUUGUCUCCUGCUCCUUCGAGAUGGGAAGAGUUGUGGGCAUGGUCAACUCUCCGCUCCGAAUGACAGCAUUACGACUCUCAACUAACCGAUGCUCCAUCCUCAUGGCCCAGGCGGGUAAUUGGAAACACCCAAUGAAGGGGCUCUCCAAACGUGCUUCCGUGUCAUUCAAGGACCUUCAAAUGGUAGACUACGACCAGCCGAUUUCGAAUGGGCAUAUCGUGGGCUUCUGGGGUCAGACUGAUCCCAUUGAAGGUUUUGGUCUAUGUCGGCUUGCACCUAUCUGGUGCAACAUGUAUGCGAGACCAACCGAACCUACCACUUUCGAACCCAUCACUGAGGACCAGCCAGAGGGCGAUGUAGUCACGUACACCUCUGAGUUCUCUGAGCAGAUUUUACCCAAUAUUUUGUUGGGUAUGAAGAAGAUGGAUACCUUCGGUGGCGCCAAUAUGCGCUUCAAUGCUGCCACGGAGUCAGUCACGGCUUCAUCAUUUGCUAUCGGCGUCGAACAGUGGUCGAAUUCAAUUCUUUACGGAGCCGAAUUCACCUGGAUUGGUAUUCCUCCAAGCCUUCGUGGUGUGCAGGCUGGCAACUUCAUGUGCCACAGUCCUUCGACGCAGCGACAGAUCAGCUUCCCAAGGCCUUUUCGCGCUCCUCCACGGGUCCUCGUGUGGAUUUCUGGGUUGGACCUGAGGAUCAAAGACGGUAAGACGGUUUCUGUUGUGGCUUCAAGUAUUUCCAAUGAUACCUUCACAUUGGGCAUCAGUGGUAUCGGCUCUGGCAUCAAGUAUGCCAUGGUCUCAUGGAUAGCGGUUGAUCAGGACUCUCCUUGUCUCGUUGGCAACUUCUCCAUCGACAUCGAAGAAUAUGGCGAGGCGCAAGGUCAUUUUGCCUUCCCUGAAGGAAAAUUUACAGCUCCUCCAACUGUGCUCGUCGCAUUCAGCAGCUUUCAGGUCGGUGGACCAGCGGGAAGCAACCCCCGUUUUGGCACAUGCACGUGGGGCGAGACUGAGAACGGUUUUACCUGGAAGGUCUACAAAUGGAACGAGAGCUCCAUCCGAUCUGCAACGAUUCACUGGCUUGCAAUUCCUGCGCAGUAA